AUGCCUCUCGAGCUUGCCAUCUCCUCGCGGGCGCAUUGGCUCAGCCGAGUGCGCUCAUGUCUCCGCCUGCUCAUCAUCGUCCUGAGCGGCGCCGUCGUCUGCAUGUUGAUGCACACGUUUGAGAUUUAUCGAGGCAACCGCUACAUCGACCUGCGCAAGGGCGAGUUGCCCAUGGUCUGGCCCGCCCACACAAAUCUCGCCCCGAGCAUCGUGCUCUUCUGCAUUGCCGCCGCAAACUUCCUCGCCUCGGUCGCCAUCCUCACCCUCUCCUUCAAGCGCUCCUUCCGCCGCCCCUUUCGCUCACGAGACGUCUAUCGUGUCGUUGCUGGCAGCUUCGGCGUCAUCACCUGGAUCACAGCGCUGGUGGUAUUCUACUUGCUCAACAAGGCGAGCAAGGCUAGCUUGGGUCGAUACUCGUGCACAAAUAAGAACUUGUUGACGAAUGGGCGAUACCAGUAUCGCGCUGUUUGCGAGGAGCAGGGGGUCGCAUUCUACACCGCCAUCGGUGCUGCUUGUGCAGAGGUCCUCACGCUUGUCACCCUCGCCAUUUCUGCAGCCUUAUCGGCCAAGAACAACCAAGAACCAGUCCCGACGAUACAGAUCCGUGAGAAGAACAACUCCAUAAGCUCAGGAUCAAAGUACCACAGGCCUCUAAAACGAUGACAUACAAAAAAAACCAACGGUCCUGUUCGAUGGUUCUUGUCCUCCAUUGCGCGCUCCGUUCUCCUUUUCCUUAUUAUGUCGCUGCAUGAUACCCCGGACAUCCUUGUUUAGCGACAACAAAACCGAGAUUUGCAAUGGCGUUUUCUGGUUUCCUUUGUUCAGGGCCGCUGGCCUACCGUCAUGACCUUUUUCUGCAUUGCGCUUUUUUUUUCUUGUCACUUUUGCAUCGCAUCGCAGCAUCGGCAUAUCCUCGGAGUCUUCUGCGACUUUUUUUGUAUAGUGGCAUUCUGUGAUCAACCAACAUCGCACCCUAUCACGCAAGAUCAAGCAAGCCCAUAGGAAGGGCCUAUACCAAGCUAGAAAGCGCUGCAGCCACUUUUUCUGGACUGCAGCCUAGAUAUAGUCCUUGUAAUUGGAGCAAAUAGAGGGAUGUAGCCUUCAUUUCAAUCGGCUACAUAGAUAGUAAAACAAAAAUCAAACAA